AUGUGCUUGCUGGGGUGGCCGCCUUGUCGGCUGGUUGUCCUUUGUCUGCACAUGAAACGGUGUUGUUGUCGGUCAGCAACGUCGGGGUCGUGGCUCCGACAGCCGAGGACGACAAGCAACCAAGCUUUGAAAGCUGCGCAUGGCAGCGGGGCGGUGGGCCAAAAGCCGCAUCUGCUGGGAGGCGUUGGAUGCAGUGGACUUCGGCGACAGCAACGUCGGGCGGAUGUGCGAGGGCGUGAACGCCGCACCAAUGCCCGCUGCAUCGCACAGCGAGCAACAACCAGGAAGGCUUGCCUCUUCAAGUUUCCCAUGAUCACGGUCACGUGUAGGGCCGCCCCUUUCGCCUUUGCUGGCUGUGGCUGCUUGUUGGGCCUGAGGCACCGUGCCCAGUGCGAACCACAGGCUCCCACAUUUUCGAUAUGUACAUACAAUCUGCUCUGUCCAACGUACGCUGUCAAGUGGAAGGAGCAGCAAGGCAUGGCAGCGGACGGUAGUUCGAAUUGGCCAGUGCGCUGGCCGGUGAUGCGAGACAUUCUGCAGCGAGGACAGUUUGAUGUUCUAUGCCUGCAAGAAGUAGAAAAUACCGAGCUGGACUCGAUUGUCGCCGAUCUGGGGAGCGGAUACCGGGCGAAGUACUUCAAGCACUCCCGGAGACCUCCCGACGGCCUGCUGAUUGCCGUGAAGAGCAGUGCCUUCAAAGCGUCUCCGGAGUGGAUCCUUGGCGAACAUCAAGGCUUCGCACUUGGAGGUGUUGAUUUGGAGCACCCAUGUGGGGCAAAGAUUCGCGUGGUCACCGGGCACAUGAAAGGGGGUCGUCCUGCGCAGCUCCAAGCCUUCGCAGAGUUUGCUUCCGCGGAGAGUUCCGCAGAUGUAGAGAUCCUCACAGCAGAUUUCAACGAGGAUUUUGCAGAACAGGGGCGAAGCGAAGGCGUCGUUCGAUGUCCUUUUGGACACGAGGAAAGGCCCUACAGCACGCUGCCGCGCGCCUUGGAAUUGCCUCAGCUCUCGCGCCCGCCGAACAAGCAGGACGAAGGCCAAUCGUCGGGCAAAGGAAAAGUCGACUAUAUCUGGGUGCGAGAGCGGACCAAGGAGUUUCGCACAGACAUGGUUUGCGACCCGCUCUCAAGAAGAGCAAUCAUCGAAAGUCAUCGAAACUGCGAUGCCACCGGCGAAUGGCCGAGUGAUCACGGAUGCGAGGCCUUCAGCGUGCAGCUUCAGC